GUUGCCAGAGACUCAGAAAUGUGGAGAAAGGGUGGAGAAGUACUGGAUAAUAGGUCAAUGGCACAACCAUAAGUGCGGUGAGGAGGUAAAGAGGUGUCUCGGGACUUGCAAAAUACCUCUUCCAGGUCAUGAUACUCAAGACAGUACCCUGCACAGGGCAGGAUAUCAUUAGGAGCAACAGAUACAGAAGUGCGUGGAAGACAAACAGAGUGAAGACAAUUAACGUGACAAUGUUGUCCCCAGGUGGAGAUCUUGCCAGUGGACCAUUUAACAGUGGGAUUGUGAGUUGUCAGCCAAGACCAACCCAUAAUGAUUGGAACAUGAGGUGAGUUUAGUAAGAGCAAAAUAAUGCUAUCCCGGUGGUUACCUUUAACACAGAGUUCUUGGGGGAGAGUAGUGAGUGGUCAUACCAAUGGUUGUACCAUCAAGUGCACUGGCUUGGCGGGGCUCUUCUACCCUUACUGUGGGAAUCUGGAAUUUCUGAAUUGGAGUGAUAUCAAUGAAGCUAUCAUCUGCCCCCGAGUCAAUGAAAGCAUCGUUUCAACAACUUGUUUCCAAUGAGUACAGUGACAGGAAAGAGGAUGCUGCAUCUUCGCCAGGGGGCAGGCUCUCUUGCUGAUUACGCCACUGAUGUUCGGACCACGGCUAUAGAGAGCGUGCUAUAAACUUUGCUCAACCAUAAUUGCUCCCUAACUGGGGAGCUUGGCUUUUACUGGGCAGGCAGCGAUUAAAUGUCUGGAACCUGCACAGUAGAGACAACUCCUCCCCCGUAUGCGUCGCAGGCGCUCCGUCUCACUCAGCCUGGUGAGGCCGAUCUGCCUAGGCUGCCCCUCCACUGGAUCAGGGCCGGGAUGUGUGAGGCUUCUAGCUUCAGAUGGAAGUGGAACAAUACUCACUGUGGCGAGAGAGGAGUGUGAAGGGUUAGGUGACUAGUAAAGAGCUGUUGAUAGCUUGGCUUGCUUUCGCUCUCAGAGCUGGUUAUCUAACCGAAUGGUUACAUCAAUCAGCAAGUCCAGACCAGAGGGGAAGUCACGAGAGGCCAACUCAUCCUUCAGGUUAUCGUUGAGGCCAUGAAUGAAGUUACCGAGUAGCCACCAAUGAAGUUACCAACCGCUCUCUAUAGCCGUGGUCCGAACAUCAGUGGCGUAAUCAGCAAGAGAGCCUGCCCCCUGGUGAAGAUGCAGCAUCCUCUGGCCUGCCUCUCUUCCGACUAAAGGGUGAUCAAAAAUUCUUCCCAGCCAGCUGAAAAAUGGGCAAAGUCCUGAAAGAAAUCUAGCUGUCUCUCCCAGGCAGCUGUACCCCCGGCUGAAGCACAUCCUGACAGCAGGGAGAUGGCAUAGGCAACCUUGGAGCGUUCUGCGCUGAGGACAGUUGUAGUCAAGGAGCCCAAGUACAAAUACCAAGGAGCCCUAGUACAAAAAUGACCUGCAGGUAAUUGGAUCGCCAUGGUACGUUUCCGAGAUGGGAAGAACUGCUUCCUUAAAGGGCGGCUAAGGCAGAGAGGUAGCAGUGGAGUCGGGAGGAUCUGGCGCGGUACGACACUGGUUGUUGACAGGAGCUGGUUGACACUGGUUGUUAACUGCUAGACCGUAUUAGUAAGUUGGUCUAUUCGACCAGUAAGUUGGUCUAUUCGAGGCUCAUGGGCGCCGAGAGUGGAGCCUUGGUGUUGAACAGCCCAGCGUAAAUGAGCCAAUAAAUCCUUAAUCUCGGGCUGACCAGGACUGCCUGCCGAGUCCAUACUGGCCGACUAAUCUGUCAGAAGGCUCAGGAAUGGAGAGGACUCGAAUGCAAGCACACCUAGACAAGGCCAGGAGAAAACCAAAAUCCAAACCCGCACGUAACCUACUGAACUGAUUACUCGGCAGGAAGUGAAUGUACAGGUGCUCCUCAACUUCUGAUAAAUCCAUCGUUCCGAUAAACCCAUUGUAAAUCGAAAAUAUCGUGUCGUAAAUACAUUUAAUGAGCUUCGGUACUUUCAGUAUCAGCACUUACUGCCUCACCACUAACCUUCUCAUUAUGAAAAUGAUGACGCUUUUUGAAGUGAUGGAACCAUCCCAUGACCUGUUGUAAACACUUGCAUAUACGUAGGAUCAUUGGCACGCUCUUUCUACAGCUCAAUGCCAUUGCCCAGCAUCAAGAGAGAGUAUCGUGCCGCAUAUCGCUAGCCCGGGAAAAGAUCAAAAUUCAAAGUACGGUUUCUGCUGAAUGUGUUUUGCUUUUCCACUGUUGUAAAGUUGAAAUAUCGUAAGUCGAAGCAUUGUAAGUUGAGCAGGCAUAUGACCCUUGACUGACGAGGGGAGCAGAGUGAAUACUGGUGUAACUCAUGAUUCGAUCGGGUGAGGAAUGUGGAGAGCCUCGAUUAUCUGGAGGCAUGGCAUGUGUGACAAGAACUUGAUUUGAGGUAUUCAAAAUUCUGAGUGGCAUAGACAGGUUCAGAUAGAUAGGAAACACUUCCCAGUAACAGAGAUGUCACAAUCUAAAGGGCAGUGUUUUGGGAUAAGUGUUUAGCUUCUGAAGAUUUUGUUUGACAGAAGGUAGCUAUAUUUACAAUGUGUAUAUAUUUGUACAUAUAUAUUAUCUCUUUAAUAUCUUAACGAGACUUUAAAUUACCAUGGUGUUGAAUGCUAGAUGAAGCGCUCAUAAUUUAAAUUAAUGUAGAUAAGUAUUUGAUGAUUGGCAUAGACACGGUGGGUUGAACACCCUGUUUCUGAUCUAUAUUGCUGUAUAACUAUGACUAAUACUUUUUAUAUAAUUAAAUGUAGAUUCAUUUUUUUUCUAGAACUAUCAAAGUCCAUCAGGAAUUGUGAAGGAUUCAAUAAGCAUCAUAGCAAAACCUCAUCAGUUUCUGAUUUCCAACAGCUAAAGAGUUCGGAGUUUCCAGAAUAUAACAAGACAUGUGGCAUUAUUGGAAUGAAGGACUGUGCACUCUCACAUAGUCAAGACCCCUAUCAAAAUGUCAUAUAUCAUAAAUACCACAACAGAGAAAACAACUUUCAGGGUAGAAAAGGCAGAAUAUUUCACAAAGCUGACAUGAACAUAGAUACUGAGAGAUCUGUCCCAUUCACAAAAGCUCAAAGUUAUUACCCAGAAAGUAGAAGUAAUUCCACUUCAGCAUCUUCAGGCCACAUUGGUUCAGAAUCAUUUCUAAACAAAAGCAGGCCAGACCAUUUCCAAUCUCAUGGUAGAGAUUACCAAGGAAUUCCAACCCACAAUGCAUAUCACUUAAAGCCUGAUGCUGUACGAACUGAUUAUUUUACUUUAGAUAAUUAUCAACAGGAUUACAAUGAAACAGAAUCACUGGUCUCAGGUAUUGAUCGCACCUCCACCUUCAGUACCAAUGCUGCACAGAAAUUGGAUAGAUUCUUACGUAGAAAGCUGGAGGCUCAGAACAGUCCACCAUAUCCUCUAGAUUCACAUCUAGAUGCUUCAAAUAUUUAUGAAAAUACUGAUGAUCUGUAUGAAGGCAGCAACACAAAGUGUCAUCAAGCAAAAAGACCCUAUACUUGUCAAGCCAAGCAACUGGGUUCCAAGCAUGAUUCACAUCGUUUAGUAGCUUCAAGCUCACUGGAAAAUAUCCGCCAAGUCAUGGACAAAACUAAGCAUAUUCAAAAUCUGCAGGUUCAUUUUGAGAAACAAAUCCAAAAGAGUAACAAACAAAAAGAAAAGGAGCAACAAAUCUCAAGGAGAAAAUCUGCUGAAUUGGUUAAAAGGCAAUAUAAUACCAAAGGUCAAGAAGAAAGAAAUAGAGCAAACCAGGACAAGGCUACACAAGAAGAUCUCUGCAAAUGUAUAAAAUGCAAGAGAAUGUUUCAUAAUGAGCUUGGUUGCGAUUCAGAGUGCAAAAAUCAGAGUUUCUCACAGAGUAAAAUAUAUUCUCAAACAAAAGAUUUUAUACAGUCUGACAAAAUCAAAAAUCACUGUUUUAAAUACAACACAAGUGAUCAAACAUUUGACAACUACAUGUGUCAACACAUCAGGCAAUGUGACACUUGCCAAAAUACAAAUAACCGUUCCAAAGAUUCGUCAACUGGGUCUUCCAUUUGUGAGGAUGACAGGAAUUACAAGACCACCCUUAAACAACACAGUUCCUCUUGGGCUAAAAGACCUUCAAAUUUGCUAAAAGGGUGUCAAAUGGAAAAGAAAAAACUGAGUGAAAGUAGUGAUGAACAUGUUGAUUCAGGUGCAAGGAAAUUCUCAGAAAUAUUGGUUAAAAAUUAUAAUUCUGGUAAAAUAUUAAUGGGGCAACCCUGUGGUGAUUGUACUCAGCUAUGUCCAUGCAACACCUGUAGGUUGCUGGCCAAAAAAAGUGAAAGAAUUCCAAACUUCCCACGAAAAAGUAUUCAAAAAUGCAAAGACAGUUUGGAAUCUGUUGAUUCCAAUGUCUACUGCAAACCAAGCAAAAGUUGGCAUGGCUCUACAAAAGAUUCAGUUAAUCAGUUUCUCCACAGAUUUUGUGAAAAAUGCCUUAGCCAUCACAUCCCAAAACAAGUCGGCCAAGAGGUGAAAUACAAGCAAAGCAGAAACAACUCAAAACCGAGACGAUCCAGGUUGGAACCGACAUCUUCACUUGAGAAGCUCGCACCUCGAAUGAGGAGAAAGGACAGAGUGAGAUUAAUUGCAGAAGCAUUUGAGAGGAGAGACAGGAAAGACAUUGAGCAUGCUGAGAAGGAAAAGAUCGAGAGAGAAUUGCAAGAAGAAGAAUGGGAAAAGAAGAAACAAGCUUUGAAACAGACUCAAAACAAACAUAGGAAGAAAGGAAGGGAAUCAUCACCAAAUGGAGCUUCGGGGCACCGAAGAACAAAUAAAUGCAACCCAAAACAAUGCAGUCCCGACGAUUGGCAACAUGAUAAAAGAACAGAGAAAGUGAAAAGCACUCGCAUUCCUGCUGCAAAAGAACAUGCAGAAGAAAGUGCUACACGGCACAAGCAUCGACGUCAUAGGCACAGCUAAUCUUCAAAUGCUAAAUUCUAAACACUGGUACACAUGCAUUGCCUCAGAUGAAGGCUCAAGUUGGAAGGUGUAUUAAUUACAGUCGAGAAUGCAUUCACUGACUCAUUCAAUGAUGGCAAUAUUUAAAAAUUAAAGUAAUAACAAUUUUACCAUCUCUUCAGCCUUACACCUAUGUCACUAUACACGUGACAUGAGCCCAACGCAGCUCAAAUAACUGACUUGCUGAUCAUUGAAGAGAAUGUUGCCUCUGCUCUGUACUUCUUUCCACGUCCACUGAAGUUGGGAAUUCUCCAUAUAGAAGUACUUUGGGUUAAAUUCUGGCAUACUGCAAAGGUACAGCAAUGUAUUAAUAUGUGAUAAAAAGUUAUACCAAAUACUGCUGCUAUGUGUUUAAGAUGUCAAGGCAGAACAAAUGUGCCAUUUCAAUUUUAAAGAUGAAGUAUUUGUGUUCAUGUUCUUUAACUAUAUUAAAGAUCAAAUUCUACACAUCAAGCAGAUAUUUGGUUUGUAGGGCAAAUUUUUUAAAUGCCAGUCAGAUCCAAGUGAUAUUCAAUACCACCAUUAAAAAAUAUCGGGUUAGACAAUCGUGUUUCAGAGGAAAAGAUUCAUAUGAAAAAUUAGCUUGAUGAACAUAUGACCCAUGACUAACGAUUAGUAAAAAUGCUAUGAUAUUUCAACGAUUAUUGCUGAGAUAUUGGUUCUUAUUUACCCACUGUAUACACCAAAAUGCCGUGGAACAUAUCAGCAAUUAUUACAAAAUAUGCUCUGUAGCUUAUGUACAAUUUAUAUAUUUAUGUUCUAUUCCUGAAAUUGUAUUGUGUUUUGAAUAUUCUGGACAUUUAGGGAUGAAUUUGUAUGAAACUAUGACACAAAAUUUAUUUUAUAAAUUCCAAUGAUAAUAUCAGCAGUUGGAUCAUUUAAACCACCAAGUUUCAAGGAGGCAAAUGAAAGCCCAGAA